AUGGUGAUCCAGAUACCUGUUCUAGAGUGGAUUGUCAAAAUCUAUAUUGAGAUCUUUUUUGAGGAUGUUGCUGAGUGUCUCUGGGACAUACUGAGCAGAGAGGAACUGCUUCUCCUGCUGACUGAAUUCCUGAACAAAAUUGAGGCUAAUGCUGGUUUGACACGGGAAGACGUGAAUGCUCUACACGAAUAUCUGAAUGAACUGGAAAGAGACUUGGCUGGGAAGGAGCAAGAAACGCUCCCAGAAGAGCAGCUGGAUAGGAAGAGGUUUCUGAAGAAGUUUCCUCGGGUGACACAGCCGCUGGUGGAGCUCAAAAGCAAGCUCCGGGAGCUUGCAGACAGUGUUGGAAAAAUCCACAGGGACUGUACCAUCUCCAAUGUGGUGGCCCACAGCACCGGCGCUUUAUCUGGCGCCCUGACCAUCCUCGGCCUGGCUCUGGCACCCGUGACAGCGGGGGCCAGUGUGGCACUCUCAGCCACUGGAAUAGGGCUGGGAGCAGCGGUUGCUGUGAACACUGUGUCCACCAGCAUCGUGGAGCAUGUGAGUCGGUCAUCAGCAGAAAACAAAGCCAGUCAAUUGAUGUCAAUUGGUGUCAAGAAGUGGAAGGUCCUCCUAGAGGUACUCAAGAGCAACCCCCACAUUGUUCCCACAACAGAGAAAUUGGCAAAAGCCGAGAAACACCUUGGAAUAAAUAUACAUGCCAUGGAGACAGGUGAAGCCCACCCUGGCUCUGCAGUCAGUGCAAACGUCCACCUGAGCCCUGGGAGAAUCGCAGCCCCAGCCAUCCAGCAGGUAGAGGCAGGUUUCAAAGGCACGGCUUUGGCAGUUACCAAAGGAGCCCGGAUCGCGGGGGCGGCCACUGCAGUCUCCCUCCUGGUGGAUGUGGGCUUCCUGGUGAAGGAGUCAAUGCACCUGCACGAUGGUGCAAAGGCAGCAUCGGCUGAAACCCUGCGGCAGCGGGCCAGGGAGCCAGAGAGGGAGCUGGAGGAGCUCACCCAGAUCUACAGGCGUCUGCAAGAGGAGCCCACUCCACCACCCCCAGAGAAGCUGGACUCCAUUGAGCUCAAUGUGCGGCUGAUGCAAUUCCACGGUGACCCGUGUCAGAUCAAGGCCCUGGAGAUCGAGAGCAACCUGUACCACAUGGGCCAGAGCAAGGCUUUCUUUGGGCUACCGUGUGACACCCAGAGCCGGCUGUCCCCAGAGGACGCUGAGCUCUGGGGAAUAGACAUCAUUGAGUUCCAGCAGCUCCUGUGGGGUCAGAGGCAGACUUGUGCAGGCACCACGAGAGCAGAACAGGAAACAGUGGACUCGGAGGGCUUCUCAGAGGAGGUGGUGCCAGAUUUGGGCUUUGCAGAACGCGUUUCUCCCGGCUGGAUGCAGCAGGCGUCCCUGGCAGAAGAACCUAGAAGUGUGAGUGAAUCCUAG